CUAUAUCGAAACCCUCUCGGUUGAUUUAGUACGGAACGAGCGGACUCCUUAGCUAACCGAGAGCACAGAGAACAGAGUAGAGAAUCAUGAGAGGGAGAGGGCGAUUGUUCUUCGUUUUUUUUGUGGUUUUCGGUUUACUUUGGAGGAAACGAGAAGAGAGAGAGGCGAGGCGAGGCGAGGUGAGGCGAGAAGGCGGCGGGUAAGGGUUUCUGGUUGGUUCUGGAGAAGACGAGAGAAUCGGCCGAGAGAGAG